GGUUAUUAGUAGAAUAGAGGAUGGACAAUGUCGUCUAAGAGAUUGAAACAGGAAAAGGGACUACCACAAUCUCAAUAUAAAAUCCCUUAUAUAUCGAAGAAAUCUGACGACAUUAAUUCUUAUUGGUAUGUGAUACUUACAACAACUAAUGUACACUUUUAUUUCAAUUCACAAUCAAAGGAAGCAUAUUGGCAAUUGGGAGACUUCCGUCAUUUGUUUGAAGAUGAUGAAUGGGAGACCUUCAUUUCAGCCUUUGAGUUUAAUGAAUUGAGUUUAUUGUUUGCCAGGAAUAUUGGAUUCAACUGGAUCAGAAAUGAGAAAAAGAUUGAUGAAGAUGAGGCGAUACAACAUGUCGAGAUCAGCCAAGAGGAUGAACUUGAUAUUAACGAUAUUGACGAGACUGUCGAUUCUGAGCAUGAACGUGAAGUCGUAGAUGAAGUUGUUGUUGAUGAAGAUCUUGUACGAGAUAUAUUAAGAGAAGGGGGGUAUUUGAACAAAACUGGAUCUGCCGGAGCUGAAGAUGAUCCCAAUAUCUCGAGUCCAGAAUCACAAUCUCCUAAACCUUUAGUUCAAUCAGGUGGAAUUGGAAUUUCCUUAGGGUAUUCUUCCAGUGAAGAAGAUGACGAGGACGACGACGAAGAAGAGGAGAAGGAAGAGGAGGAAGAGGAGAAGGGGCCAGAACAGAAUCAUGAAGCCGAAGAGGACAGUAACAUUAAUGAAGGAUUGGAUUUAUCAGUUGAUGACCACGAAGAGAAUUCGGACUUGAAUGUUGGGUUGGAUUUAUCUAUAGAUGAUCAGGAAGAGUUGGAACAAAAUGAUGACUUUAUAAAGCUUCUAGAUACAUUUAAGUCAAGAAUUUCGGUGUAUGAUUCUUGGGCACUCGUAGAAGAGGAAUUAAUCAGUGAGUUUGUAAAGUAUCCGGAAUAUUAUUCUAUUGAAGACGGUAAAGCACGAGAACAAAUAUUUAAUAACUGGAUUAUUGAAAGACAGAAGGAAGAAAGUGCACUAGACGUAGAUGAAGAUAGCGGAAAUGAGGUAGAUGAAGACCUGGAAGUUGAUAGCGAACAAGAAAUUUACUCAGAGAAGUAUCCUACUCCUACUCUUGAGUAUUUCAAGCUCUUACAGCAAUAUAAAAAAGAAAUUAAAUCUUUAGUAUAUCAACAGUUUUACAAUUCACACUUUAAAGAGAUCAAUUCCAUCGCGCUAUCCCUGAAGGAGAAAGAUUCUAUUUAUCGAUCGUUCAAAACAAUGUUAACUAACCAAACUCAAUUUGAAAAAUCGUAUAAGAAAGAACAUCCUGAUAGUAAAAUAAAUUUAAAGAAAUUGAAGCUAGAUGAAUAUCUUCAAACUUGUAUUGAACAUUUUAAAGAUCAUAUAGAAGAAAUCAAAACUUUCCUAACUUUAAAUCCGGGUUUCGCAACUAACAUUACUGAAGAAGAAGCCUUUUCGACAUGGAUUAAACUCAUAAAUAAUACCAAUAUAGGCGAACAGGUUGCUGAGAAUAACAUAAACUUUGUAGUAGGAGAUGUUAAGCGGGUACAAAGUUAUAUAGAAUUGUACAAUAGUAUUAUAUAGUGAAGAAAUGGAUGUUG